AGUUUGUUUUCUAUUAAAGAAGAUGAAGAAAUUUUUUGUAAAAGAAUUCUAUGAAAUUAUCUCGGAGCCUAUUAAAAUUAAAAGAAAAACAAUGUAUCACAGUGCAACAUGUUGAAUUACCCGAGGUGAAUGAUGAAUUGUCAGUGACACUACGAAUAAAGCUUAUUAGCUUAAGAGUCAUUAUUCUGAUUGGGCCACUAUUUUUCGUAAAGGUGGUGGUAAUGAGAGAGAAAGACUUGUACGCACGCCUGGACUUUUCUUACGUGCAAAUAAUUCCAAAUUACAUCCCCGUUUCACGGGUAACUGGAAUGAUAAUGUAGGAAUUAAUACAGUUGGGGACGGACUUUUGUCAAACAAAUGGUACCAUAUAACUUACAAACUUUCUGAUCCUGAAAAGAGAAUGGAUAUCUUCAUAAAUGGUGUAUGGACCACCGAAAAUGUUCAAAUGCAUAGAGUUAAAUUCAAUGAUAAGCAAUUGGAUAUUGGGUGGUGUAUGAUUUUUCAUAAUAAUUUUCAUAAAUUAAAAAUUUUUGUAUUAAGUAUUAGUCAUUUUUAUUAA